AUGAUAAUAUUGUAAUCCCUAUAUAUUUGGGUGGACCUGUUGAGCACGAACGUGGGUUCUUUUUACAUUCUGAUGAUUAUAAUGAAAACCUGUUAUUGAAAUUUCAGAAUCAUUUAGCUGUUAGUUCUAAUCCCAAAAUACCGCAGGACAUUGUUACUGGGCGCGGUCCUAAAAAUAGUUUGUUUAUUGUUGGUUAUACAGCUUGGAAAGCUGGUCAACUUGAAACAGAGAUUAAAGAUAAUUUUUGGAUACGUUAUUGCAAGAAGCGCUGGCUGUAUUAUUAA